AUGGCGCACACUUUACCUAGAGCAGAGGAAUCAAUUUCUUCUCCAUUCUUUGUUCAUCCAGGUGAAAAUCCCUCACUCGUUCUUGUUACAAAUUUGUUUGAUGGAACUAAUUACAAUGCUUGGUAUAGAUCAAUGCGUAUGGCUUUGAUCUCAAAAAAUAAAUAUAAGUUUGUUAAUGGCUCAAUUCCUGCACUUAGUCCUGAUCAUGAUAACUAUGAAGUUUGGGAAAGAUGUAACACACUUGUCAUGUCGUGGUUGUAUAGAUCUGUAACACAGACUAUAGCUGAUAGUGUUUCGAAUCUUGAUAGUGCUUUAGAUGUUUGGAUAGACUUGAGAGAUCGUUUUUCUCAAGGAGAUGCCUAUAGAAUAGGUGAUCUUCAAGAAGAAAUAUACACAUAUAGACAGAAUGCCUUGAAUGUAACUGAGUACUACACACAUUUGAAAACUCUCUGGGAUGAGUUGAAAAGCUUGAGGAAUUUGCCUGUUUGUACUUGUGAACCUAAGUGUUCUUGUGGUCUGAUAGAAAGAGUCAGACUGAAUUUAGAUAAUGAUCAUGUGAUUCGUUUUAUGAAAGGAUUGAAUGAGAAUUUUGGCACAAUCAAAACUCAGAUAUUGAUGAUGGAACCACUUCCAAAAAUUAAUAAGGCCUUCUCUAUGGUAAUUCAAUUUGAAAGACAAUUGAAUGCUACUGGCAAUAAGUUGCCUGCUGAAUCAAGUGUAUUCAUGGCUAAAGGUUUUAGUGAGAGUGAUGAACAAGGAUAUGAAUCCAAUAUCUGUUAUGCUAGAGGUAGAGGUGUAAGCAAUUUCAGAGGAGGAAUGUUUAGAGGCAGAGGUGGUUAUCUUAAUCAAUUUGCCAAACAAAAACUUUGUUCCCAUUGUGGACAAACCAAUCACACAGUUGAUUACUGCUAUAAAAAAUAUGGAUACCCUCCUGGAUUCCAGCCAAGGUACAAGGGAGAGAGUAGUGGAUAUGCUAAUAAUGUACAACUUGAAUAA